AUGGCACCGAAGCGCAAGUUCCCCAGCUGGACCUUGUUUCUGGCUGUUUGUGCUGUUGGAAUUGGAGGGACCUUUCAGUACGGGUAUAAUGUUUCCAUUAUCAAUGCACCCACCCAGCAUAUACACAGGUUCUUAAAUGAAACCUGGACUGGUCGUUAUCACAAGGAACUAAAUCCAGAUUUGCUGACUUUUCUUUGGUCUGUCAUUGCUUCUAUAUUUUCACUUGGAGGCCUGUGUGGAGCCCUUAUUGGAGGCAGCAUGGCCAUUCGGCUAGGCAGGAAAGGAGCUCUUUUGAUGAAUAAUAUUAUAGCAAUACUGGCCUCCAUUUUAAUGGGGAUCAGUUUUCCUACAGGAUUGUUUGAGUUACUGAUUGCUGGAAGGUUUUUGAUUGGCAUAAAUUCAGGUAUUGGGAUCUGUGUGCAGCCUCUGUAUAUUGGGGAGGUUGCCCCAAAACAUCUUAGAGGUGGCAUGGCCAUGGGGACUUCCAUCUUUCUGACUGGGGGGAUUCUGACAGGACAAAUAAUUGGUUUGAGGGAAUUACUAGGUGGAGAAACUUAUUGGCCUAUGUUGCUAUCCAGCAGCUGUUUCCCAGCAUUUGCCCAGCUUUUAUUCCUGCCAUGGUUUCCUGAAAGUCCCAGAUAUCUUCUUAUUGACAGAGGUGAUGAGCUGAGCUGUGCCAAAGCUUUGAAGAGAUUUCAUGGUUCUUCAGAGUAUCGAAGGGAGAUGGAAGACAUACAGCGGGAAUGUUUUGCCUUAGAUGGGGAGAAACCCAAGAAGCCCUGGCAAUUAUUCACUGAUCGUGGUGUGAGAUGGCAGCUCAUUACUGUGGUUGUGAUGACUAUGGGCCAACAGCUCAGUGGGAUAAAUGCUAUUUAUUUCUAUGCAACUUACAUUUUUGAACAAGCUGGGAUCUCAGCAGAAAAAAUCCCGUAUGUGACACUCGGCACUGGAGCUUGUGAAUGCCUCACAGCCCUCACCUGUGGUUUACUGAUAGACUACAUGGGAAGAAGAUAUCUCAUCAUUGGGGGUUAUCUCCUUAUGACCCUUUGGAGCAUUGUUUUAACAUUCUCUCUGACUUACCAGGAACUGUACUCAUGGGUGCCUUAUGUGAGCAUGACUUCUGUAUUUGCCUUCAUCUUGAGCUUUGGGUUGGGACCAGGUGGCAUAACAAAUACCCUGACAGCUGAAUUAUUUAUACAGUCUUCACGUCCUGCUGCUUUCAUGAUAGGAGGGACUAUUAGUUGGAUUAGUUUCUUCACAAUUGGAAUGCUCUUUAAAAAAAAAUAACGCAUUCUCCUGAUUAAUGGACUGAAGCAGUAUUGUUUUCUGGUGUUCCUACUGGAGUGCUCCUUAGUUGCUGCUUUCCUCUUCCUCAUAAUUCCUGAGACAAAAAACAAAUCUUUUCUGGAAAUUAAAAAGGAAUUUCACAAGCUUAAUUUUGGAAGAAAUACAAAAAAAAAGGAAACGGAGCUUUAUGAAAGAAGACAUGAUGAAUUUUAA